UUGCGCGAUAGCUAGCACGUGUACGGAGAAGUACUUGUGACACUCGUGUUCGACACACGCCGAUGUGUGGACGUUUCGAUCGGGUUAUUGGAAAUCGCAAUCACACUAUAUUAUUGUUAUGAUUAAUUUUAUCGAAUAAGUUUGGUUUUUCUGUUCGAUUAACAGCGUCUACCGUCUCGUUUUCGUUAUUACUUAUUAUUAUUAAUAUAACAAUUAUAGUCUUCCGCACGAUGACCACCUACGAAACGGUAACGAUACCUCCGACGGGCAAACACAUGUCGACGAUUAUUUUUUUCCACGGUCUUGGCGAAUCUGGGAGCAUUUGGGCUGAGUUAUUGACGAAUUUACGCAAACCAAACACCAAGAUUAUAUGCCCUUCUGCCCCUAAGAUACCGUUGACGUUAAACAAGGGGUUCGCGAUUCCAGCGUGGUUCGACGUGUCGACCUUGAACGAAGACGCACCGGAAAACGAGUCGGACAUAUUGCGAGCUGUGGACAACGUACAUGCGAUUUUGGACGAGGAAUUGGCCAAGACUCGGUUGCCACCAAAGAAAUUGUUGCUGGGUGGGUUUUCACAAGGCGGAGCUCUGGCCCUGUACGCCGCACUCACGUACCACAGGCCACUGGCCGGUAUCCUGAUCAUGUCCUGUUGGAUACCGUUACACAAGACCUUCCCAGACGCGGCCACAAAUAACACAAAUAUACCAAUAUUCCAAUGCCACGGAACGGAAGACCCGGUCAUACCUUACGUAUGGGCCACAAGAACAUCAGAAAUACUAAAAGAGUUUACCACUAAAAGCCAAUUCACUAGCUACGAAGGCUUGUUGCAUCGUACAAAUGAGAAAGAGUUGGCAGAUGUAAAAGCAUUUAUUCACAAGACUGUGCCAUGAACAAUUUGACAUCGAAUAGAGUAAAUGGCUUAAUAAUAUUAGCUACAAGCAGCUAGUAUACCAAUGUGUAUAUACAUUAUAAUUUAGAACGUUUAGGUAUUUUCUAGGACUCAUUGUGACAUUUUAUUUGUGGAUAAAUAAAUUAUAGAUAUUUUGUGUUGAAAC